CUUGCAGGUCUGUGUCUGAUCCAGACUGAUGAGUGAAGAAGCACUGCUUUGUUUGACCUGCAGCACAUUAUACUCCUUUUACUUGUAGAACCAGAGGCGCAGGGUGACGCGUUCUACUGCAGACACAUGACACAUCACCAAAACAUCAUGUGGGAGACAGAUUAGGAUCCUCUUACUCAAACGCGACAUUCCUGUCUUGAAAUAUGAUCAAGAUUGAGAUGCGCGACAUGGAAACCUUGUUAGACUUCUGCAGCGUAGAUAAGAAAAUAAAACCUCAGAUAUGGAUCAUUAAUGGAAUCUACUAAUCGCAUUCUCUUAAAGAUUUAAGAUAAAUUCCAGAAAGCUUCUGGGCUGAUUCAGUUAUUUAGAUAUUUUUGCAGAUCCUCAAAGAAAUUCCUUUUUUUCAAAGUUUCUCAUGACUCUAUCACCCCAUCACAUACCUUCAAAUCAGUGCAGUCUUCCUUUUCCCAGGAAAUGCUAUUAAAAGACUGCUGUCUGUCUUCACUGUACCUGCCUCAGAGAGAUGUGGUGCCAUGCCAACAAUCUUGGCUGUCUGGCUUCGUUUUGCAGAAUCAAGCAGAGCCAGAUGACAGAGUGCAGGGCGUCGAGAAUCUACAGAACAAGAUCAGGAGGCUGGAGGCUGAGCUGCAGAAAAGUUCAGAACUUAAGGAGAAUCACGGAAAGAAUAAAGAAGAAAUUGUGCGGUGGGAGGAGAGCAAGAAAUGGCAGGCCAAAAUGGAGAAGGUAAAGAGUUUCCUGAAGGUGAAAGAAACAGAAAAUGAGUCCCUGUCAAAGCAGCUUAGCACUCUGAGGGACCUUUAUUCCAGACUGGAGCAAGAGAAGGCUGCGCUGCAAAAAAAGCUGAAAGCUCGAGGUGUGACUGCAGACCAGGUGGUGGGGGUGCGAUUUACUGAACUGGAGAAGGAGACGGAGGAGCUGAAGAAGAAGAACUCCGAGCUGGAGACAGAGCUGGCAUCUAUAAAACAGCACCAGGCUGUACCCCGUGAUGACGCCAUGGAGAGUCUUGUGCUGAGGAACAACAUCCUGCAGGACAGAGUCCACUCCUUAGAAAGCCAGAUAACCAAAGAGUCUCCAUCACGACCCUCCACUUCAGGACGAGGUACAGGCACAGAGAGACCACGACCUUUCAAAGGAAAACCUCCGACUGGCCUCUGAAAACCUGGAGCAGGCCAACAGGGACCUACCCAGACUCAAGGUACCUUCAGCCCAAAUGAGUUUUUUGUUUUACCUUUACUCUAACUGAUGCUGAUUUGAUAAAACAGUGAAUAACCGUGUUGUUCCCUCUACUUAUAAGACAAAAGUAAAUAUCCUAUAUAAAAAUAUUUGGUUGGUCACAAGAAUUCGCAAAAACAAAAGUUAAAUAUCAGAUCUAAAAAAAAAAAAGAUUUAUUGUACAAAAAAAAUUUAGAUUUGAAAGCAGAUUAUUGUUAUGUUUUGAAAAUUUGUUUCUGGUAGCUGUUAGUUAUCUAGCAGUUAUAAAAAUGUGCAUGAAAAUGAGUCUGGAACCUCCAAAGAGACUAGAUCUGCUAGAAACUGGAAGAUGGUGGAUUGUUGGAUUGAACAAACAAGUAAACAACAAACACAUGUAAAGUAACCGCUUAUAAUUACUCCUAAUCAUCAAUAGACAUAUUUCCACUUGUACAACAUUUACACUUGUACUACACAAACAUUGAAGCCAGUAAAUAUUAGGUUUGUCAAAUUAUCACUUUUUUUUUGUGGUGGCCCUAAUACUCCGUCGUAGAUUAUUUAUCAAAUCCAUACAUAUUAAUAAUAUCAAAUAUCAUAGAUGAAAUGCCUAUCGAUUAACAUAAGGUGACAUUAUAUCAUUAAGUAACAACAAUGGAAUGUUUAUUGACUUUCCUCAGAAACAAUUGUUGCAUUGAUCAGGACAUUUUCUUCAAUAUUAUCUUUUUAUGUAUACAGGUACUUUUGUUAAAAUCAAUGUUCUUGUCAUCCUGCAAGCUGUUAUCAGUGUAACUGAAAAAUCUUAGGUCAAGCUGUUCACAGUACAGAAGUCUCCGAUGCUAGUCCUAGUCACAGGUGACUUUUGGAGAACAUUUAUUUUUGAUGUAACUGUUUGCUUCUCACCUCAUAAAUCCAGUAAAUGUCUCAGUUGCUUGAGCAGUUUUCUUGAAUCUUUAUUUGAAUCUGUUAUUUGUCUUUUAUUAUUUAUCUUUAGCUCAUAUUUCUAUGACCAAAAGCUUCUCAAAGUCUUCCACAAUCAUAACCUUGGCAAGUUGUCAAGCCUUAGUUGUCAAAGCAAUGGCCCAUUUUCUUCUACAUUAAAAUAGUACAACUAACAGAGGCUUCUCUGUUUGCUUCUCUUUGGGGUCAUGGUGGCUACAUUUUGUGACAGAAAAAUCCUCUCGCUGAAGUUAUCAAACAUGAAUGCUCCCAAACUGUAAACUCUUCUCAUUUACUGGUCAUCAAUUAAUGCAGGUUUUAGUUUAUAAUGUUAUCAAAAAUCCAACAGCUAAAGACUGGAUCAGGGAUACCUAUGCACUGGAACCAGAACUACAAAAUAACUUUAUUUUUCUCAGGUUUGUGCAAAAGCAGAUUUUUCUUCCUAGGGCUGAGUGUUCACUGAGUGUUCAGGUUUUCUCUGCUUCUCCACAGGAUCAAGUGGCACAUCUGAAAGAAAUGUGCAGUGCACUGAAGAAGGACAAGAGUGAAACCGAGAAGAAGCCGGCUCACAUGCGUGGAGUUAGUUCAGUUCAUCUCUUUUUUUUUACACGUGUAAUCAUUGAGCUAUGUUCACACCGCUUCACACUGUUGGAGCAGCCACCUCCAAUGAAAAUUCUAUGUAAAUAAACAGGCUUCCGUGUUCAAAACUUCCAUGUUUACACAUGGCUACGCAACUCCUUAAGAUCAUUUUUGGGCUCUAUGUAGAAAACAUGCGGCCUUUGAAUGUGCAUUGAUAGUUAAACCAGGUUGAACUUUGACCAAUCAGGAACUUUGAUUUGGUUGUGACGUAUGGAUGUCGUCGCAUUUUAUUUCUAAUUGCAAAUUAGGUGAAACAUAUUUUGCAUGUACUUGAACUUGUGUCACAUCUCCAGUGUGAACAUCACUCUAUAGUCAUUUCUUCCUUUGGUGUGUAGAGUCUACAUGCUAAAUAGAUGAGUUGUCCAGCUUUCUUAGUCUCCUGCCUGCUCAAACAUCCUGCAUAUAGAGUUUAUCAGAGUCUUAACUGUGUGACGGUUUCUCUGUAAAGGGAUGGACUGUCCAGACGUGCUUUGCUUUUUGCUCAAUGACGAAUGAAGUGUUCUCAAAUAACCAACCUCAGCAUUUAUGCAGUACAAAUACAGAAGAUGUACGGAUGAACGUUGUGCAGAAGAAAUGUACAAAAAAUAAAAUCCCGCUGAUGAUUAUGUAUCAUCAACCGAUAUCCAAAGUGAUUUGUGUUCUGUUUUCCUCCAGGCUGGCCAGAGUGGUAAGAAAAGAAAAACUCCCCACAGCUCAGAGCAAACAGCAUGAGAUGCUUGAAUAGCCUGAAACCUCAAGAUAUUUAAAUUGAAGUAACUGGUAUAUUAAGGGGUGUUCAGUGUCGGGCUUUAUAUAAAACAUUUGAUUAACAGGUCAAAUGAAGUUUGAAGAUGUAUGAACUAAACUAAACAUAAACUUGUAUCUUUAGCCUUAAACACUGCUGGAAUGAAAUGAUGACGGUGAUGAUGAUGAGGUGUUGUCACCGUUUCUCAAACCUUCACGUGGGUUCGUCUCUAUAAGGGUUCGGCAGUACAUCUCCUCUCACGGAGCGUCCAUCCAAAAGACCAAACUCUUCCUGGAGAAGGAGAGCAGCCGGCUGCAGGAGCGGCAGGCAGCUCUGCAGGCGGCCCAGGCCAGCUCAUCUCAGGGCCAUCGUCUUCUGGGGGUCACCGAGGAGGUGAUGAGAAGUCUUCAGCAGGUACGGAGGGGGGGGCGGAGUGGCUGACUGUAAACAAAGGCCUAAAGAGUUCCCUCCUGUUCCGCCCAGGAGGCCCGGGCGGUGGCAGAGCUACAGCGCACGGUCCAAACAAGAAACACGCCACUGCGCAGGAAGGAGGAGCAGCUCCAGCAGCCGGAGACCUCCAUGAGUGAGGAGGUCAGAGAGCCUGAAUGAGUCAGCACUAGUGGGCGUACAGAGCACUCCAACUCUUUGACCUAGAGGAAUACAUCACGUCAUCUCAUGAUCAUGAUGUCAGACAAUUUAGAGGCUUGAGUUUAGUUGUGCGCACAUUCUUGCUGGUGCAGAGUUGUGUUAUCUUUUUUUGUGUGGAAAGUAAGUAAAGAUGAAAGCCUAAGGUCCUGUGGCUAAUGAGAUACUGAGGCAGUGGGAAUGAUGGUUUUAAUUACUGCCCAGGAGCCGUCCAUAGGGGGUGAUUGCUCAGGAGCAUGCCGAGUGUCCUAGGUUGGGAGUUCAGCCUCAUGCCAGUCAUACUGUGCCUGCCUGCUUGCCUCUGAUGCUCACUCCCCUCUCCUCAUUCCCACAUUGUGUUCAUUAGAUCCUUUGCUGCAGAAGCUUCACUGCACCUUUGUUAUAACCUUUGUCCAACCACUGAUUUGGACAAAGGGAGGCAAAACCAGCAACAAUUCAACUUUGGAUCCCUUUAGAAAGUUUCAGUGAUUCCGAAAGAAACCUAAAAUUCUCUUGAAAUUAAAUCUGCAGGCUGCACUAGCAUUGUGCAGUGGUUAGGAACCCCAUCUGAAAUGAUAUCUAACUCACACAAACUAAAAACGGCAUUGUGAAACUGCUGUUGGGACUAAAUUCUAAAUUGGGACUAAAUUCACGCUUCUUUGGCGCUGCAGAGAGGCGGCUGCCUGUUGCAGCGGCUCCGGUUUGUUUAGGACGUUCCGUGUUUUUGUCUUUAGUGUUUAUUUUAGUUUUGUUCUUUUUUUGUCUUUUGUCAUUCUCUUUUACAUUCUUCAGACAUCACCAUAGCCAACAGCAUGGAUUUUAUUCGCUCCAAUCUUCUGUGGCUACUUUUUUUAGUACUCUCGUUACUCCUCGUAACUGAGUGUAAGCCGCACGGCGACAAGUCUUUUGUUUAUUUAUAUUUAUAGUUCAUUUAUAGUUAUCACGGGGGACUUUAGUCACGUUAAUUUGGACGGGACUCUUACUGAAUUAACGCAGUAUGUGGAGACAACAAAACCCUAGAUCUGCUGUAUGCUAAUACCCUGGGAGCAUUCAGCACUACAGCCCUCUGCGGCGUCCGUCGCUUGCUACUAGUGUGCACGGUGUCGGGCCAGUAACCUUCAGGCAGGGCCAGUAACUUUUAAAAACUACUGGCCCUGUGGGACAAUGCAAAUUUCUGGUCUAUGUCAACCCCGGAGAAACAUUCCCAGUGCUUUACUCAGGAGGAGCCUUUCAAUCCCAAGACACUAGAAUAAGGAAAGGAGUUCAUACCUGUCAAAGUAUCGCUUUUACAGAGCACCACAAAGAAAACAUGUCCAGGAUCAAAAACCUUCAAAACGGAAACGGGAGACACACAAUGAAAGCACAAAAAACAUGGACUACAACGAAGAACUGGACGAGCCAUCUCAGGGAUAUUCUACAGAGCAUGAGUGGACUGAAGAUAAGGCCAAUAACACUCAUUUGUCAGGACGACUUUGCCGAACAACUAAGAGCAGAGAUUGUUUGUUCGAGUCACUAAGCAAGGCUUCACCAGAAGAUAAUAAAUCUGCUUUUAGCCAAGUGUCUGCAGAGGAGGAAGAGUUAAUGUAUCUUGAAUUUAUUUCUGCUGUAACAAAAGAUAUUUUGUCAAGAGGUCACAUCUCUAACAGGGUCAUUGACCAUGUGAUGAAGAGGCAUAUCGAGAUGAAUUUGCAUAAACUCGAUGAGGAUAAAAAGCACCACCUCCUGGAAGUGCUGCAUAAAGAGCUGGAAGAUCCAUCCAACACAUUCCUCCCAUCAAAAGAGGCUGAGAUCAGGGAAAAUGAUGAUAACACAAAUAUAAUAAUACAUGGCUAAAACUGCAACCCCUUUCCAACCAGCAGAGCAACGCACUGUACUUUUUAAAAUUUACACGUAGCUAUUUGUUAACUGUUAUGUAUGUUACUUUAGUUUUCAGCUAAUUUCUUAGUUUGUUUUCUGUGGUUGUGUGGCUGUUCUGAUUUAAAGUAUGCCUCUGAAAAGUAGCAACUUAAAAAUGACUAUCACCAGAAAGUGUCUUUCAAUUAGCAAUAAAUCUUUUACGUCAAAAGGCAGAAAUUGAAAACUUUCAAAAGAGAAUAUGAAGAUGUUACCACAGAUGUGGAGAAGGAGAAACGAGACAUUGACACACUCAGGACUGAAAACCAGGCUCUGCUGGGAGAAAUCCAAGCUUUAGAAAGAGUUGUGAAAAGGAAGGCCGAGGCAGAAGCAGAGCUGGGUGGUUUGAGGAACGAAAGCUCCCGUCUUAAAAACAGCGUACAAAGACUGAAAGUAGAGAUUCAAAUGAAAAAGGCUGAGCUUCAGCGUCAUUCUAACCUCAUUUGGGAAGGAACUGUCAGCUCGUCGGAUCCACAAGCUCUGUUAGGGGCAGUUCGAGAAGAACAGCGUGCUGUCGAGCUUUUAAAAAGGGAAGCCACAUACCGGAAGACUCAACUGCAUGAAUUGGAACUAUCUUCAACAUUCCAAGGAGGUUUGAGAGGAGAACUGAGGGGCCUGUUGGCUCAGAAAAAGUCAGCAGAGGAAAAUAAUUCCAGGCUGAAAAAGAAAAUCCGACAACUCCAAGAGGAACACAAAGAGGUGAUCGAAAUACGAGGAGAAGUUGGGGCACAAAGCAAGGCUCUGGAUGCAUUGAAUGCAGAAGAAAAGGAGUUGGAGGAAGCUUAUAACAGCAGAAGGUGGCUAGAGGGAAUUUGACAAGUUUUUAUCGUAGUCUUGUUUAGACCACAAAUUAUUUGUAUGACUGGGGCGAGCUUAGGGAUAAUGUCGAAUAUUCCGUUUACACACAAUGCGUUUUCUCCCUAAGUACUACUAGCUACGGUCAAAAAAUGCCAACCGUUCUCGACUGGAAUAAGGUUUCAGGGAUUGACCCAGGAAUCCUCCUUGAAUGUAAAAAUAACAAAGUGGACGAGGUCGCCGGCAUGCUUAUUUCGACAGAAGAAUGGGAGGUGUUGACAUAAAACCCAGUGACAGUGUGUCAAAUGUGGAGCGAAAAUCAACAAGAUCACAUUCUGGAAAGUCAACAACGUCCUCUACAACUUCAUCAUGCAUUAAAACAGAAGCAGAUCUGGCUGCUUUAAUGGCAAAACAAGAGGUUUUAAAACAAAGACAUCAACUGGAAGAGGAGGAAGAACGACUUUGCCAAAGAAAAGAACAACUUAAGCUGGAAGAGGAGAUCUGUGCACACAAGGCCAAACUGAAAGUGCUGAAAUCACAAAGUAUUGCAAGUCAAAGGCUUUCUAAAGCAUCAGAUGGAAUGAACUCCUAUUUGGACGGACAAACAACAAGACAAAAAACUCUGGAUUGGAAAGCUGACCCAUUCGUACCAUUUUCACAUCAAACAGCUCAACGGGAUUAUCAGGGUACAGGGACAAAGCCUAAAGAGAAAGCUGUGGGGGCUGAAAUUACAAUGAUUAAAGACCAAAGACAUGGAAAAGAAACAGUUCCCUCAGUCCAUCCAAGUUUCCAUAUCCAAGACACCAGAAACACAAACACUGUGAUGGACAAUCAACAAUCAAUUUUGGACAUAAUGAGAAAUCAAAAUGAAAUAACAACGCUUCUGAUGAAUCAACAACGUGUUUCAUCUUAGCCGAAGCGAGAUGUACCCAUGUUUGACGGAGAUCCACUACAGUACCAGCACUAGCAAACUGAGGGAGGACAAUUACAUUCUAACCAAAAAACGUGAAUCCUCACAAAAACGUGUGCAGAAAAUGACAGAAAAACAGCCAAACCAGGGGGCUUCAAAUGUAAAAGAGCCGGUUUUCAAGAAAAGCAUUUCACCAGGCAAACAUUUGAAAGAAAAGUCCUGAUCCUGUCUUAGAAAGCUCAUCUGAUGAUGAUUUAACCCUCGAUGACAUUUCAGAGCUUCCUUUUGACACUCCUUCCCUCAGUGACUUCUAAAUUCAGCAAA